AUGUUUUGGACAUGUAUUACAAAUGUUGUAUCGUAUACAACAAUAUUAUAUUACAAUAUAUUUGCAGGGUACGAUCCAGAAAUUCCUGGCUACCCUAGGUUCGGCAUGGUAAUAGACCGAGUCAGAGGUGUGUAUAACUUAAGAAUUGCCAACGUUCAGCUUCAAGAUCAAGGAGAAUACGAGUGUCAGGUUGGACCAGCUCUAAACAACAACAGAAUCUGGGAAAAGGCAAACCUUACUGUUCUAGUUCCACCAAAGAGAGUUGAAAUAGAACACCGUUCAAACGCCAGUGUUCUGGAGGUUCGGGAGGCGGAGCGUGUUCCUCUGUCUUGUUACGCACGGAAGAGCAAGCCGCAAUCCCAACUGAAAUGGUUUAAGAACGGAGAUGAAUUGAAAGAUAACGUGCUGAUUAAGACUAAAGAUCUCCGAAACGGCCUGUUCACAACGUCUAGUACAACAAUACUCUACCCGAAGUUGGACGACAACAACGUCACCUAUACAUGCGAGGUCACUCAUCCCGGAUUAAAACGACCAAAAUCCUCGUCUGUGACAGUAAUAGUUCUUUAUCCUCCUGAACCACCAAAAAUCGAGGGCUACCAAGAAGACGAUAUCGUUCAAGUGGGUGAUACAUUAACACUGGCUUGUAUUUCUCGAGGGGGGAAUCCACCAUCUAAAUUACUCUGGUUCCGAAAUGGAGCUCAAGUUGACUCAAGCUACUCCGUGUCUGGCAGAGAAACGACCAAUCCAUACACGUUUCACGUCGACGCGUCAGACAACAAUGUCGACUAUCGCUGCGAGGCAUCUAACACCGUCACAUUAAAACCAAUGGCCGCCAUUGUCAGAUUAAAAGUCUACUUUCCGCCUACGCAAUUGUCAAUAAAGGGACCUAGAGAGGGCAAAAGAGGUGAUAACGUUACGCUCAAUUGCGUUACUGGACCAAGCAAUCCAGCUGCCAAGAUAUCGUGGGUUGUAGACGGCAGACCCGUUCCUUCUGCUGGAUCUUCCACCGAGAGCUCAGACGGAGGUUGGAUUACCACUUCUAGGAUAACUAUUGGUUUGACAUGGCAGGAUCCAAAGGAAGUGUCUGUUUCUUGUUACGCCCUAAAUGAAGCUCUAGGAGACAGCGUUUCUCAGACGGCUUCACUGGGUAUAAUUUACCCGCCAGGACCUCCAUCGAUUAAAAACUUUCAAGACAAGGUAAUCAGAGCUGGAGAUUUACAGAGGCUCACCUGCGUUUCUUUUGGAGGAAAUCCCUCAGCAACCCUUCGAUGGUUUAAAGGAAAUGCAGAGGUUAGCGGGACCGUUCAACUUUUACCAAAAGGGGUGUCAAGUACUUUUGUUUUUCGAGCAGACGCAAGUGACAAUGGUGCGGUCUAUAGAUGCGAGGCUUCAAAUCCAGCUACUCUGCGACCUAUGGCAACAUCUGUAACUCUGUCAGUUACAUUUCCACCUUCCUCUGUGAGUAUUAAAGUUGAACCAAUAAAUCCGAAGGCUGGACAGACGGUUGUUUUAAUCUGUGAAUCUGCCACCAGCAACCCUGAAGCUCGCGUCCAGUGGUGGAGAAAUGGUGAUCCUAUCACAGGUAACCAUGAUGGAGUCGUCGAUGGUCUCUAUGGUGGAAAGGUGUCUCGAAGUCGACUGCGCUUUAACGUCACUUCCGCGGACGACACAUCUGAAUUUACUUGUCAAGCUACCAACCUAGAGCUUCAGCGAAGUGUUCAUCACAGUGUGAAACUUCGAGUGCUCU